AUGGACGAGGCCAAGACGCGAGCGCGAGCUGCUGGGGUGACCGUCGUCGACCUCAGCAUCGGAGCAUCCGAUUUGCCACCCCCACCAGAAGCUCUUGAAGCGCUCAAGGCAGCCACUGAGUGGUACGGAACUCGGUACGGCAUGCAGCUAGACCCCGCUACGGAAGCUCUAAGUCUCAUCGGAGCCCAGGAGGGUUUAGCGCACGCGCUGAUGGCGGUGGCUGACCCGGGAGACGGCAUUCUCAUGACCGACGUGGCAUAUCCGUCGUACUUUGGAGCCGGCGCCCAAGACUUCCUCCCUCGGCUGGACCAGCUGGGCGCCGCGGACCUGGCCCGGGCCCGGGUGAUGCUGCUCAACUACCCGAACAACCCCACCUCGGCGGUUGCCACGACGGAGUUCUUUCAGGCGGCGGUGGAUCUGUGCCGAAAGUACGGCAUAUUGCUAAUCCACGAUAAUCCGUACAUUGACUUGUGUGUGUUGGAGCUGUUUUCCUUCGCCAAGUCGUACCACUUGGGCGGGUUCAGACUGGGUUUUGCGCUUGGGUGCCGAGAGGCGGUGGCGUCGUUGGAGGCGUUGAAGGCGCCGAUUGACUUUAAUCAGUACAAGGGUAUCAUGCGGAUGGGUGUGGCGUGUCUGAAGCUACCCCGGGAGGUUGUACGGCGGGAUGCGGGAGUGUGGCAGCGGCGAGCUGAGGUCAUGGCGGGGGCCCUGAGGGGGAAGGGGUGCGAGGUGCAGAUGCCGACGGCAGGCAUGUACUUGUGGAUACGGCUCCCCCCUGGAGUUGAUGAUGACGUGGCCUUUUGUCAGCACCUCGUGUCGUACACGGGUGUGGCGCUAUCUCCUGGUCAAGGUUUCGGUCCGGGGGGAAGGGGGUAUGUGCGGGUGGCGCUGGUGGCGAGGGAGGAGGCGUUGGAGGAGGCGGCGGGGAGGAUUGCGGCGGCUAUGAGGCAGGCGGAGCAGGAGGCGAGGGCCAAGGCAGCGGCGGUGUCCGGGCACUUCCCUGCCAGCAACGCGGACGUGGCUGCUUAG